AUGCUGGUAACGUUCGUGCUCGAUACGAGUGCGUCUAUGAAUCAGAGCACGAGCUCUGGUAUGACUUUGUUGGAUUAUGCCAAGUCGGCAGUAGAGCGCUUUGUGAAGCGUGUCCGCGACCCAAGCCGGCGCUAUCAACACCAUUUCAUGCUGCUCUCAUGUGGACACGACGGACGUCCCAAUGGUGGAACUAAGAGUACGGAGUCAACGCCCUACAGCGGCCGCGUGCGCGUGGGAUGGGAUCAAUCUACAAAUAAGGAGGUUUUUUUAUCUGAGCUUAAAAAUUUGCGCGCUACGGAUCUAAGCGACGUAGGCGCUGCGCUGAAACAAGCUUUUGAGCUCAUGAAUCAGAUCCGUCUUCAAUUUAAUUGGGAUAGCUAUGGAUUAGGUCGUGCACCUUGGAACACAAACGUAUCUGUUUGUGUGCUACUUACAGACGCCACCAAUCUUUCCAGUGCCGAUGGCCUGAUUCAAGACACUCUUACAAUCACGCCGUCAAAUGCUGUGGGGGCGGAUUUGACACUUGAGCCUUAUAGAUGGGAUCAGCGGCUUUUUACAAUUGCUCUUAAGCUGUCAGCCACCAUGACUGGUGUUAAAGCACAACCGAGCGUUCCUGCAGACUUAAUGGCGCUCAGUGAAGCCACGGGUGGGAUGCUUUACAUGGCGACAUCCAAGCCUGCAGUGGAACAGAGUAUCGAUCAGAUCAUUUCCAAGCUUAAAGCUGGAGCUGUGGUCAAGUUUAAAUGUGACGUUCUGGAGGGAGAAGUAGAGACUCCGGUCACAAGAAACAUUAUCGCACCCAUUCAUAAUGGGAAGGAAUUUUGCUGGCCAGUAGCCGAAGCGUUUUGGCUCGAUCGAAAUACUGUCACACUACCAGCGCGAGAAGCUCAUCCAACGUUAGUUUAUACACGUACUGUGGAGAAUGCAAUCGAAGCGGCCACGAGUCAUAUGCUGCUCGAUACGCUCAAGUUUCCAGCAGAUAAUUAUGUGCUCGAGACGCCGAUUAUUCCUUCGCCGGGUCGUGGGCAACGCUGGUUGGUGUAUGUGCAAGGCAGCAAAGGAGAUGGACGUCUAGGAGAUCCCAUUGGGAUGUUACGUGCGCCCAAUUCUGGCCCUGGUUUACCCUCCUCGAACGCGGUACUUGUGCUAUUACCAUAUAACUUUCCCAAGCUUUUCUCUUUGCUAGUGGAAGUUGCGCGAGUGUACCAGGCGAGUGGGCAAAAUAUCAACUCAGCGACAGGCACAUGGAUGUUUCAAGCCAAGGCUAUGCCAUCCUCGUGGAGAGAGUCAUUUUCAGCGUAUUUAAGUAGCUGUCCGCUAUACUAUCAUGCUCCCUUGAAGAAGGCGCUACGUAAAUACAAUCUGCACGAUAUGGUAUCAGAGGUUCAAGAUUCAGGGCGAAGUUACCAGGUCUCUAGCUAUUUGAAUCGACUACGCGAGCAAGCUAUUGCAGAGAGCGACAGCAACAACAAACUUUUCUCUCGAACCAGUCGAAACGAUUCGUCGAGUGCCUUGCGAAACAGCAGUCUUCCCGAAUCGUCUCCAUCUGCGUCACCUAAUGGAAAUAAAGACGCAAUUGGAGCAAAUUCGACGGACGCGACGUUGGAUGCUGUUGCCAAUAUGUCACUACAAGAUCUGCGUGCUGCGCACCGAAAGAGCAAGGAUUUGUUUUUUGGUAAAAGCUCGAAGCUUCAAUUUCAGAUAGCACUCCCUCGUGUGACGAUAUCAAAAGAUGACUCCGUGCCUCUAAAGCUGACGCCAAGUUGGCGUGCUGUAGAGGAGGAUGAAAAGCAUUGUCAACCGAUUGAUAUGAUGAGUGACUAUGAAUCCCGACUUGUAAAAAAAGAAGCUCUUCGAAAUCCCUUGACUGAAGCAGAGCCGGAUGAAGACACUCCAUCAGGACUGCGACGACGCCAAUUGUGCUUUAAUUUGGGAAAUCCGUACAAAAAAAGCUCUUCGAAGGUCAGCAAUGUGUAUCAAGGCGAGGCCGCUGAUGAAGCAGCGGCAUUAGGAGGCCAUUCACCCAAGCGCCAACGUACGCGAAAGCGAUUAUCCCAACUCAAGCGCGACAAAAAGCACUCGAAGCGCUCACUUCGAGUGCAUGGCUCUCCGUCUUCUAAAUCUUCACCUGGGUCGCCAUCCCACUCAUCUGCUUCUAGCACUUCUUCAACCGUGUCGUCGCCUGAUCGAAGUGAUGGUGGCGAUUCCGGGCUGACGGACAGCUCGGUGGAAUCGAAUUAUUCUGUAAAGGCAGAGGCUGCACAAAUGCUGGGAAUACCUCUCCACGAUGGCGAUUUUGUCGAGAACGAUAAGAGCGUCAGCUUUGUUCAGCACGUUUACGGGAUCUUAGCAGAGAAUUGGGAAUCAUGGAGUACGAUUAUUCGCCUAAUCAAAGCGCGCUCGAUCACGCAGCAGGAAAAAGAAUUUGUUCUAAGUGGCCUUCGAUCGAUGAAGGGUGGUCCGACAGCAGUGAAGACUUACAUCAAGCAAGCAAUAUACUACUCUCAGCAAUUUCGACAGAAUGCUUUGGAGCUACAGCUGAGGCAAUUACUGAUAGCAACAAGCAAAUCGGACGAGUUGUCGUCUGAUACGUCUGAAAUUAAAGCAGCAACGCGCAAGUCAAAUGAGACUGCAAAUGCGGCGUCUUUAAGCUUCAUACUUCAGGCGCUAGACAAGUAUGACCAACAUGACACCAGCUCAACACAGUCAGCAUUUGGAUCGUUUCUCGAAACUAAAGAAUUAAAAUCUUCGACAGCAGUCUUGUCAACCCACACUCGGCCAUCUAAACUCUCGACUCACAAAAGCCCCGCUGAACGUAGUCUGCGACCACACAGAGCUGCUAAACAAGCACAUACUCCCUCAUUAAGUGAUCGAGUGAAUAGGACGAUACCUGGUACUUUGUCGGGAGCUGCUCUAGCGGAUUGGUUGGAAAUUAAAUGUCCUCGUGAUUGGCUUGGCCAUUCAGGCAUCACUUCUUCGAUUUCGCAUGCAACGAGGAAUAAUGAUCCGUACACAUGCAUUACAGACUCAUUUGUGCCAUUGUGGUGCUAUUUUGAUAUUGAGGAAGACACUUGCUUGUUUGGUAAGCAUGCAGACCUGAUCAAUCAUUUACCGAUCAAAGCAGUUGGUCUCCCGCUGGAUGACACUACUGGUAUCGCAGGAGGUUGGUCUAGUUGCACGGUGACAGCCUUUGACGUGUCACUUGAUCGCUUGAUUGUCUCCUGGUCUGCUGGGAAUCGCGUUGGAUCGCCAUUAAUGCACCGAGGUCUCUUGUGCCUGGAGACGGAUGACUGCAAGGCCUUCGUCCAGCGUAUCAUACGCGCCGUCCAUCGUCGUGAGCAAGCUGAGGCGCUGUUGCGGCAAUCGCUAUACGUAAAAUGCAUGCCAAUUAGUUCAGACACUCAGCUGGACUCACAGAUCAUCACUAACAUAUUUCAUCUUACUUUCUCGUCGUCAGUUCUAUCGUCGAAUAUUGGCUCAUCGACAUUGCUGGAAGAAGUAAAUGCUGACUAUGUAUACACGAUGAACAAACUCCUGUUUGAAACUAAUGUGGAAGGCAUUCAAACAGAGUUUAUUGAGCUUAAACUGCCCAAGAAAUCACUUACGCCACCUCCGCCCCCGUUCGGAGUCAUCUCAGUACCACGCUACGAUUUUAAUCGCAAAUUAUUAGAUAUUGCAACAAAUCAGUUUGUUAACAUGUCAUUUGCGGUGAAUGCGUUGCUCGAUGUCCGUCGUACCUGUGUUGACGUGGGCACGCAGAAGCUGCUAAUGGAACAGCAGCCUACAGAGAUCGGCUUUGGUGUUGGUGCUCGACCACGAGCUAAAAGUAUCUCGCUGAUUGAGUUUCAUUCGUUGCAUGCUCAAAUGAGUCACAUAGCUCUGCGUUUUAUGCGGGAUAAUUGGACGCGGUUAGCAGCAAAGCGCAUUCAGCAGCACUUAAUAGAGGCAAAGAAUCCGCUAUUUAAUUCAGCAGAGUCCAAUCGACUAAAAUACCUGGAAAUGCCACUAUGCCGCUUUCUGCAACGCGUUAAUUAUAUGGUGGAUGAUACCCUUCAGCUGCUCAUCCGGCAGAACUUUAAAAGCUACUUACAAUUUGUAGAGGACAUGGCGGGAUACGAUGUCUUGAUACGGGGACCAUGUGAUACUUGCGAAUUUCUGUUAACCCCGGAGCAUACAAAAGGACAAGAGGUCGAGUGGAUUCAUCACUCCGCACUAACACAUCAACCUUUCUUUCGAGUUGAUUUGAUUAUUUCCUCAGAGAAAUAUAUUUUAAACCAGGAUGAAGUAGAUAAGCGAGCUGCAGAGAUUCAAGAAUGGGUUUUAGUCAAUAGUCAGGAUCGAUCAGCGCAGUGUCCGAUAAUGCCUGUACCUCUCCAAGAAGGGUGCAGGUUUGAAUAUGCAACGAAACCAGAGGAAUUCUUGAAUGCAGUUGUCGGUCAACUUGAUGUUUUUCUUGAUCGUCUUAAAGCGCUUGAGGUGGUGGAAAGACUUGUAAUGGAUCGAAUUUUUUGGCCCGACCAAGAGAGUUUUGCAUGUAUACAACAUUCUGCACAAUCAGUAGUUAGUUACAAAGAACGUGUGGAAGUCAUUGUUAAGCGAGCUAUUCAGCCGCUGUUGGAGUACUAUCGACAGUUUGACCAGUACGUUACCUUGCUUAAUCUUGACGUCGAUACUUAUCUGAAGACGAUCAUAUCUGCACAACCUGAAGAUAUACUUGAGGACAGAGACGAUAAAUCUGCUGCGAUUCAUCCUCCCAUGGAAUUGAACGAACUUCGGCGAUUACUAACUUAUCACCGUGUGGAAGAAGAGAAGAUAUUGAAUACUAUUCCAUCUCGUGCAGUUAAUCUUGGAUUAUUUCAAGUUGAGCUGACCAAUAUUCGCUUUUUGCUGGCGAAAAAACACCGGGACUGCUUUGCCGGGUUACUUGACGCCCACGUAACAUACUGUUUCCAGCUAGCGACACGGAUCUCGAGCAAAUUUGACGCAAUUAAUCAAGAUUUGUCGUCGACACCAAAGGAUAUCGAGAGCUUAUCAGCUUUGCAAGAAUAUAUCACUGGCCUUCCUGCACUUCUAGCCCCAUUGCAAGAUGAAAUCGAUCAAAUGAUGCGUGACAAUGCUCUCAUCGAUGAAUUUCAUCGUUAUUUAAGCGACGAGCACUUGCGUCUUAUGUGGAAAGUGCAUGGCGCACCCUCCAAUAUUCUAGCUCAAAGUGCGCGCUUUCAACAAGCACUAGAAGAGCGCAAGAACAAGUUUGCGAAACAGAUGGAGUCCGAACAAGAACGAUUUGAAAAGACCUUAGCAGGGUUGCAAGACGAAAUUCAGACAUUUUCUCGCUACGACAAUUUGGCCUUUAUAGAAGACGUGGCACAUCAUGCUUUGGCUAUCGAGCGGAAGCUAGAGCAAGCUCAACAAGAUUCUAUGCUAUUCAAUACCCGGGAAGCACUUUUUGGACUCGAAGUGACUUCGUAUGAUGCAUUAGCAAAUGCAAAGAAGACAUUUGAGCCUUAUUUUCUGCUCUGGUCCACGUCGUCUAAUUGGAUUCAGAGUCGAAAAUUGUGGACUGAAGGAAGUUUUGGCAACAUUGAUGCCGAACAAGUCGAAAAGCUUGUGGAUGGAUACAGUAGUGGAAUCCAGAAGGCAUAUAAAUUCUUUAGCAAUAACAAUAAUGAAGCAUGUGCAACCAUCGCAGCGACCGUAAAAGAGCAAAUCUCCAUCUUUAAGCCAUACGUACCGCUUCUUGUUGCUCUGCGAAACCCUGGUAUGCGCCAGCGUCAUUGGGAAGACUUGAGCAAAACUCUCGGCUUUGCACUAGAAAUCGACGAAAAUUUCACGCUAACUAAUGUAUUUCAGCUCAACUUACUGGAUCGUAUCGAUGACAUUGUGUCUAUCGCCGAGGGUGCUGGGAAGGAAUUUCAGAUUGAGCAAGCGUUACGAACGAUGAAAGGAGCCUGGGAAGCUGUUGACCUGCAUAUCGCAGCUUACCGUGAGACAGGAACUUACGUGAUCAAAGGCGUGGAUGAAAUUCAAGCGAUUUUAGAUGAGCAUAUUACAAUGACUCAAGCCAUAAUGUCUUCGACAUUCAAACGAACGUUUGAGGAAGAAAUUGCCGAAUGGAAUGUAACUCUUCAGCUCAUAUCAGAGGUGUUAGAAGAGUGGAUUGCAGUACAGCAGAAGUGGCUGUAUCUGCAGCCCAUUUUCGAAUCGCCCGACAUUAAUAAACAGCUUCCUGCUGAGGGAAAACGCUUUAGCUCAGUGGAUAAAUACUGGCGCCAAACUUUAGCCUCUGCAAAGGCUAAGCCAAAGUGUGUUGAGUUCUGUUCUAGCCAAAAGCUCUUGGAGAGACUUCGCGAGUCGAACCAAUUGUUAGAGCUGGUACAAAAAGGGUUGAGCGACUAUCUUGAGGUCAAACGGUCGGCAUUUGCGCGAUUCUACUUUCUUUCAAACGACGAGUUACUGUCCAUCUUAUCGGAGUCUAAGGAUGUUAAACUCGUGCAGCCUCACCUAAAAAAAUGCUUUGAAGGUAUCGUCCAAGUCACAUUUGAAGAUGAUCUAAAAAUUAGUGCCAUCAUAUCAGCUGAAGGGGAAAAAGUUCCCCUUACGAGUGUAGUAGAUCCGAAGGGCAAGGAUGUGGAACAGUGGAUGAUGGAAGUGGAAAACAUGAUGAAGACGUCGAUACGUGAUAUCAUGGAGCGCGCUAUUGCAAACUACACAGAAAUAGAUCGCGUGCUUUGGAUUCAAAAGUGGCCUGGAAUGUGCGUUCUUAAUGGUAGCCAAAUGCAUUGGACGCGCGAGAUGGAGGAAGCCAUGGAUGCAGACGGACGUGAAGGUGUGCGAAAGAUGAUGACUCGACAGCUGGGCCAGCUCGCUGAUAUGGUUACUCUGGUGCGUGGGAAUCUGGACAAUAUGGCUCGCAUCACUUGUGGAGCGCUGACGGUGAUUGAUGUGCACGCUCGAGAUGUGACUCACAAACUGGUUACACAAAACGUGGAAUCAAAGGGAGAUUUUCUAUGGAGCUCCCAGCUAAAGUAUUACUGGACGAACAGGAAUUUGUGGGUUCAGGCUGUGACGUCACGUCGACCGUAUGGGUACGAGUACCUUGGCAAUUCGUUCCGUUUGGUAAUCACGCCACUAACGGAUAAAUGUUAUCUGACUCUAAUGGGAGCUCUACAAAUGAUCCUCGGUGGGGCUCCUGCUGGACCUGCUGGAACUGGAAAGACUGAAACGACAAAAGAUCUAGCAAAAGCGCUGGCAAAGCAGUGUGUUGUCUUCAAUUGCUCUGAUGGUCUGGACUACAUUGCCAUGGGAAAAUUUUUCAAGGGAUUGGCAUCAUGUGGAGCUUGGGCUUGCUUUGAUGAAUUUAAUCGGAUAGACAUAGAAGUGUUGUCUGUUGUUGGCCAACAAGUGGUGACUUUGCAGCUAGGCAUUCGUCGCGGCGAUACGCGCAUCAUCUUUGAAGGUUCUGACAUCAUACUUAAUGAUCAAUUUGGCGUCUUUAUCACGAUGAAUCCUGGAUAUGCUGGACGGAGUGAAUUGCCCGACUCGCUUGCAGCUCUGUUUCGUCCUGUCGCAAUGAUGGUACCCGAUUAUGCGCUUAUUGGCGAAAUUAUGUUUUUCGCCUAUGGUUUCUCUGACGCACGUGCACUUGAGCAACUAUCAUCUCAGUUUCACUAUGAUUACGGUAUGCGUGCUGUCAAAACAGUAAUUACGGCUGCUGGGAACCUCAAACGCGAUGACCCCGAUAUGGAUGAGGAGGUAUUACUCUUACGUGCACUACAAGAUGUUAAUCUUCCAAAAUUUCUGGCACACGAUAUACCAUUGUUCAAUGGUAUUAUCAGCGAUCUCUUUCCGGGAAAAUGCCGCCCAACUUUAGACCUCGGAGCCCUUAUUAGCGCGAUAAAACUACAGACCUGUCGUUUAAAUUUGCAGCCCGUGCCGUACUUUUUAACAAAGUGCAUUCAACUGUACGAGACGAUUGUCGUGCGACAUGGUUUGAUGGUUGUUGGCGCUACAGGAGGAGGAAAGUCUUGCAACAUCGCAGUACUCGCCGACGCCCUUACAGAACUCAAGCGACGGGGUGAAUGUGGUUUUGCGUUCGAGAAAGUGAUCAAAUACCAGCUUAAUCCGAAGUCAAUUACAAUGGGACAGCUGUAUGGUGAGUUCGAUACAAGUACGCAUGAGUGGCAGGAUGGCAUCUUGUCAACACUUUAUCGGACAGCUGCCAGUGAUACCAAGCCCGAUCGCAAAUGGGUGAUUUUUGACGGACCAGUUGAUGCCAUCUGGAUCGAAAAUAUGAACACAGUCCUUGAUGACAAUAAGAAGCUGUGUCUGAAUAGUGGUGAAAUGCUGCUGAUGUCUCAGCAGAUGACAAUGAUGUUUGAGGUUGAAGAUCUUUUAGUAGCGUCGCCGGCCACUGUGAGUCGGACGGGGAUGGUUUACAUGGAGCCUUGCACCUUGGGUCUUAGCCCUUUAGUUGAUUCAUGGGUAGAAAAUUUGCCAAGGUCUGUGACACCAUUCGCACACAUUUUCAUGCGCCUCUUUGACGUGUAUCUGUACUCAGCUGUAACAUUCGUUCGCUCUUUUCUGGGUGAGCUAGUUCCUACAACAGAUAAUAAUCUUGCGCGAAGUCUUAUGAACAUUCUAGACUGUACGCUGGACCCGUUCCGUGAAAUAGUUGUUGAUGGUACUGGUGAGCCUCUUCCAGCGUCAGUAACACCCGAUGCUCAAUUUCAAGACGAUAUUGAGCCUCUGUUUAUCUUUGCAUUAAUUUGGUCAGUUGGGGCUUCAACAAAUGACGCUGGUCGGAUUCGGUUCGACAAUUUUCUGAGGAGUGACUUGAUGGCAAACAAUUGCCGACCCGCAAUUCCUUCUUCUGGACUUGUUUACGACUACUGCUACCAGCUUUCCAGUCACAACUGGGUACUCUGGAUGAGCACUGUCACUCCAUACAAGAUUCCUCCCAAUUCGUCUUUUGCUGAUAUCGUCGUGCCUACUGCGGAUUCUGUACGUAACAGCUAUCUCCUUGAACGGUUAAUAGGUGCUGGGAAGCAUGUCUGCAUGGUCGGAGGAACUGGAACGGGCAAGACAGUAAAUAUUAUGCGAUAUCUUCAGGCUUUACCCGCUGAAGCUUAUAUCCCCAUUCCAAUCACUUUCUCCGCGCAAACAUCAGCAAACCAGACUCAAGACAUGCUAGAUUCUAAGAUGGAAAAGCGUCGUAAGGGUGUGUAUGGACCGCCAGCAGGAAAAAAGCACAUCGUUUAUGUGGAUGAUCUGAACAUGCCUAAGCGUGAAAAGUACUUUGCACAACCUCCACUGGAAUUAUUACGCCAGUGGUUUGACCAAGGUGGCUGGUACGACCGUAAAUUACUUGUCUUUCGUAGCAUCAUUGACAUUCUAUUCGUUGCUUCUAUGGGUCCUCCUGGAGGUGGACGGAACCCAAUCACGUCACGCUUGGUACGCCAUUUCAAUGUGGUCGGUUACGCUGAAUUGGGUGAUGAUAGCAAAAUGAUCAUCUUUAGUACAAUCCUUGGCAAUUUUUUGGGAUCUGGAUUUCCAACUGAAGUCGCUCGACUUUCGGAAAAUGUCGUUAAGGCUUCUAUAAGCGUCUACAAUACGAUUUGCCAAGAACUUCUUCCGACGCCAGCCAAAUCACACUAUACCUUCAACUUACGUGAUCUUGCAAAGGUUUUCCAAGGUGUCCUGACGGGCGAUAAUCGGCGCAUCCUGAACGCAGACUCACUUAUACGUUUGUGGGUGCAUGAGUGCAAACGAGUAUACGAAGAUCGGAUGGUGUCCUCGCAAGAUCACGACUGGUUUCGCAACCUUAUGGGCUCAACCGUUAAAGUAUAUUUUGAGCGUGAAGUCAGUCAAGUUGUGACUCGUGAACACCUUAUAUACGGUGAUUACCUGGUUCCAGGGGCUGAUCCAAAGAUCUAUGAAGAAGUUGUCGAUGUGGACAAAUUGUUGAACAUUAUGGACGGAUAUCUGCUCGAUUACAAUGCUGAGAGCAAGUCUCCUAUGUCGCUUGUUUUGUUUAUGGAUGCUGUGGAGCAUGUCUCUCGAAUUUCCCGCAUCAUUCGACAGCCAAUGGGCAAUGCUUUGUUGCUCGGUGUGGGUGGGAGUGGCCGUCAAAGUCUUACGAAACUAGCUACAUUUAUGGCUGGGUACAAGUGUUUUCAAGUAGAAAUUGUCAAGGGAUAUGGUAUUGUGGAAUGGCGAGACGAUGUCAAAAAGUGUUUGCUGCUUGCAGGUCUCCGAAAUAUGCCGGUUGUUUUCCUCUUCUCGGAUGUGCAAGUAGUAAAUGAGACAAUGCUCGAAGAUCUUAAUGGGAUACUUAAUGCUGGUAACGUGCCAAAUCUCUAUGGACCUGAAGAUCUAGAUCAAAUUGUCACGGCAUGCCAAGUGGACUGUCAGAAACAACAACUUUCUCUGACAAAAUCAAAUAUUUUCCAGCAAUAUGUCAACCGUGUGCGGCGAAAUAUUCACCUGGUCAUCUGCAUGAGCCCGUUAGGUGGCCGUUUCCGUGAUCGUUUGCGAAUGUUCCCUUCGCUAGUCAACUGCUCAACUAUUGACUGGUUCAGUGAAUGGCCUGCAGAGGCUCUCAAUUCUGUAGCCUCUGCUUUUCUAGGCGAUAGCAAUUUAGGCCUUGGUGAAAAGCUUCCUGCACUUGUCGAAUCUUUUAAGAAUGUACACCAAAGCGUUGAGUUAGCCUCAAAACAGUUUUAUCACCGGUUGCGACGAUACUUUUACGUCACCCCGACCAGUUACCUGGAAUUACUGUCGGCUUUCAAGUCCGUUCUUGUAUCAAAACGGGACGAGCUCAAUAUGAUGCGCAGUCGCUUGCAAAAUGGCAUGAACAUUUUGUCUGAAACCAAGGCGAUUGUAGCCAUCAUGCAAGCUGAGCUCGUGGAGCUUCAGCCUGUUCUGGCUGCAACUCAAGCGGAGGUAGAAGAGAUGAUGUUGCAGAUUGCCAGCGAUAGCGCUGAAGCAGAUGUGACGAAGUCCACAGUUGAAAAGGAAGAAGCAGUGGCUAGUUCUAAAGCGAAUGCGACGAAAGAAAUAGCAGACUCGGCACAGCGUGACCUCGAUGCUGCUCUUCCCGCGCUGGAGUCAGCCUUGGAGUGUUUAAAUCGGCUUAAAAAGUCAGAUAUUGACGAAGUUAAAGCAUUGAAAACACCACCCGCUGGUGUGAAACUGACGAUGGAAGUGGUGUGUGUUCUCUUAGGUCACAAACCUGCAAAUAGGCCAGAUCCAGAUCGACCUGGAAAGAAAAUCAGUGAUUACUGGGAAGUAGUUCAGAAAGUGGUGCUUUCAAAUGCUAAUAAGUUCUUGGAGAACCUUUUAGGCUUUGAAAAAGAUAAUAUUCCCGAGGCCAUCAUAACUAAGGUUGCUCCAAGUAUGAAUGAUCCAAACUUUACACCAGAAGCUAUUGAGAAGUCAUCAAAAGCUUGUACAGCUAUUUGUAUGUGGGCGCGUGCCAUGUAUACGUAUCAUUUUGUGGCAAAAGCCGUCGAGCCAAAGAAACAAGCGCUUGCACAAGCCCAAAACGAACUUGACGAGACGCUAGCAAUUUUAAAAAGUGCGCAGUCAAAUUUGCAGCAAGUUACCAACCGACUUGCUGACUUAGAACAAUCGUAUAAAAGCGCUGUUGCAAAGAAAGAAGAGCUUGGACAGAAAGUUGUGCAGUGUCAAGUUCAGCUUCAGAAUGCAGAACGGCUUAUUGGCGGACUAGCUGGCGAAGAAGCACGUUGGAAAGAGACCAUUGCUCAGCUUACGCUUGACGGGCUAAAUCUCACUGGAGAUGUGCUAGUGUCCGCUGGUACGAUUAGCUAUCUUGGUGCCUUCACGGCUGAGUUUCGUGAGCAACUCGUGGCAUCGUGGCACAAUGCUCUCGUGAAACAUCACGUGCCGCACUCUCCAGGAUGCGAUUUAAUCCGCACGUUGCAGGAUCCCGUCAAACUACGCGCCUGGCAGAUUGCUGGACUGCCUACUGAUACUGUGUCAACUCAGAAUGGUAUUAUCAUGGGGCGUGCGCGACGGUGGCCUUUAUUGAUCGAUCCACAAGGUCAAGCGAAUCGGUUUAUAAAGAAUUUAGGGAAAGACAAAAUACUAUGCGAAAAUGGAAUGGACGUUGUCAAACAAUCGGAUCGCGGAUUCCUUCGCAUCCUAGAGAAUGGCCUUCGAUUUGGCAAGUGGGUGUUGCUGGAAAAUGUCGGCGAAGAGCUGGAUGCUGCACUAGAGCCGAUUUUGCUACAACAAAAGUUCAAACAGGGAGGCCAGGACAUGAUUCGACUGGGAGAGAAUGUCAUUCCAUUUAACGACAGCUUUCGGUUUUUUGUCACUACCAAACUGUCCAAUCCGCACUAUGCUCCUGAAGUUUGCGUCAAGGUUAGUUUGCUCAACUUCACAAUUACUAUGAAAGGCCUCGAGGAGCAGCUCUUAGGUGUCGUUGUGCUUAAAGAGCUCCCUGAACUUGCAGCCAAGAAGAAUGCAUUAGUGGUAUCAAAUGCAGAAGGACAGCGACAGCUUUACGAGAUUGAAAACCAGAUUUUAUUCCUCCUGUCUCACUCAGAAGGUAAUAUUCUGGACGAUACAAAUCUAAUGGAUACUCUGGCUUCUGCAAAAGAGACAUCAACCGUCGUGAUGGCAAAGAUUCGUGAAGCAGAAGAAACGGAACGCGAGAUUGACGCCCGUAGUGAGGGAUACCGUCCUGUGGCUUUCCGUGCAGCAUUACUGUUCUUUUGUAUCGCCGAUCUCGCUCUUGUUGACCCAAUGUAUCAGUACUCGCUAACGUGGUUUACCGGCCUGUUUGUGCGUAGUAUUCAGGCAGCAAAGCCUUCAACUCAUUUAGAGACUCGAGUCACUGAGCUGAACGACUUUUUCACCCUGUCAGUUUACAAGAAUGUCAGCCGUUCUCUUUUUGGAAAGCACAAGCUGCUUUUUUCUUUCUUGCUGACGAUCAAGAUUAUGCAAGGCUACAAUGACGUGGAUAUGGGCGAGUGGCGCUUCUUACUCUCUGGAAUGAGCACGAGCACACGCUCCCCCAUCGAAGCGGAAAAUCCGGCAGCGCGAUGGCUCGAAGCGCAUGCAUGGCAACAGAUUUGUGCACUUGCGACUUUUCCUGCGUUUAAUGGUCUCGAGACUGAAUUUUCGAGAUAUGUAGCUGUUUUCCGUGCAAUCUUUGAUUCAGCAGACCCGGAAAAUCAGGCUUUGCCUGGUGCAGUUUUGUCGAAAUUAGAUGAUUUUCAAAGACUUUGUUUAUUACGCGUCUUGCGUCCUGAUAAGAUAAUGGCUGGCAUUCAAAAUUUGGUGUGUGUAAAGUUAGGCAAGAAGUUUAUUGAACCACCGCUUUUUGACCUCGCAAGUACGUUUGAAGAUUCAAGUCACACAACACCUAUUAUAUUUGUAUUAUCCCAAGGAUCCGAUCCAGCAAAGGAUCUGCACGGCUUUGCCAUAAGUAUGAGCAUGGAGAGUAAAGUGAAGUCGAUUGCAUUGGGCCAAGGUCAAGGCAACUUGGCUGCACGUCUUAUUGAGAGUGCGACGAUUAAAGGAGAGUGGGUACUUCUCCAGAAUUGCCACUUGGCUCUUAGCUGGAUGCCUGAUCUCGAACGAAUUUGCGAGGAGCUUGAUCCAGCAAAGGUACACGAGAGUUUUCGAUUGUGGCUCACGAGUAUGCCAACACCUGUAUUCCCUCCGUCGGUGCUUCAAAAUGGUGUCAAGAUGACAAAAGAGGCGCCUAAAGGUCUGCGUGCGAAUCUCAAAAACACGUAUUACAAACUGGAUCCGUCGCGACUUGAAGCAACACAUAAACCUGACGUUUUCCGAAAGCUGCUGUUUGGAUUGUGUUUCUAUCACGCCAUUGUGUGUGAGCGGAAGCGCUUUGGCGCUCUCGGAUGGAAUAUUCCGUAUCAAUUUAACGAGACAGACUUAGACAUAAGCGUAGCUCAGCUUGAAAUGUUCCUGGACACUUAUGAUUAUGUGCCAUUUGAUGUGCUACAAGUGAUGACAUCUACCAUUAAUUAUGGAGGACGGAUCACAGACGAUAAGGAUAUGCGAACCUCAGAUGUCAUUCUAAUGACAUUUUUCAAAGAAGACAUUCUUCACAAAGGAUACGCAUUUUCAAAAAGUGGUCUCUACCACUCACUAGAUUGUGACCCACGAAAUGCCUAUGAGGACUAUAUGAAUUAUAUCGACUCGCUGCCAAUGAAUCUUGAACCCGAAGUCUUCGGCAUGCAUGAGAAUGCCAACAUCACCUGUGCUCAAUCGGAGGCGUACGAGGCGUUCGAUUUGUUGCUGUCAUUGCAGCCACGAGUUAUUUCUGGUGGAGGUAAACAACAAGAAGAAAUUAUUGCUGAAGCAGCGCAAGCAAUCGCAUCACAGCUCCCGCCUCAAUUCGAUCUAGAGCAAGUACAGGCGGUCUAUCCCGUGUGUUAUGACGAGUCCAUGAAUACUGUGUUGGCUCAAGAGGUAGAACGUUUCAAUAAAUUGCUGGAUGUGAUGAGAAGUACGUUGCACCUUGUACAGCAAGGACUUAAGGGCCUUGUGGUCAUGUCUGUCGAACUCGAAGCCAUGGGGGCAUCACUUUAUGACCAGAAGGUUCCUGCUGUCUGGGAAGCAAAAGCGUACCCGUCACUUAAACCACUUGGUGCCUGGGUGACGGAUCUCUUGGAGCGCUUAACAUUUAUCUCGAAUUGGAUCUCACACGGCAUUCCAGCCGUCUUUUGGAUCUCAGGCUUCUUUUUCCCGCAAGGUUUUAUGACAGGCACGAUUCAAAACCAUGCCCGACGGUACAAAAUGCCGAUUGACUCGCUCUCGUUUGAAUUCAUUAUGAUGUCUGCGAGUGUUGAACAGCUUCAAACACCACCGGAUAAUGGGUAUUACACAUACGGAUUGUUUUUGGAAGGUGCUCGUUGGAAUUCAGAGACGAAAGCCUUGGACGAUCCGUUACCACGUGAAUUAUUUGCAAAAAUGCCUGUCAUUCAUUUGCUCCCGCAAAUGAACCGUGAUCCACCGCAGAAGGGCAUCUAUCGAUGCCCUGUGUACAAAAUUUUAACUCGAACCGGAACUUUAUCGACCACGGGCCAUUCCACUAACUUCAUCAUGUGGCUUGAAAUUCCGUCUAACAAACCCACCAUCUUUCGCAAUUCGCUCGUGUCUGAAACUAAUGCCCAAGUGCUUUUUGCCGACCAAGAAUACUGGAUCAAAGCAGGGGUAGCGUGCUUCUGCAGUUUGCGCUACUAA